AUGGACUGGCCUCAUGAGAAUAGUAUCAUGAACGAUGCCGACUUCGAAAAUGUCUUUCAUUAUCAAUCUCAAGAAACGACGGUCGUUAAAUAUUUAACGAAAGACCAUUGUCCGAUUUCUUGGUCAUUAACAACGUCAAAAGAUUGGACAAACUGGUUGAGUUCUUUGCCCUCAGUCCAUGGAAAUUCCGGUCUAGUACUCAUUUUAGCACGGAAACCUGGGGAGCAUCAGAGUUUUAUUAGUAAGCUUCGUUCAAAUCAAGCGCGAAUAACUCUGGAGCCUACAGAUGAUAUUGAUGGCACGUUCAACGAGAAGGCUCAGCCGUCAAAUACUCUGGAAAAUCCUUUUACUUCGCUUUCUGAACACGCCAACCUCAAAGCAAACAGCCAAAAAGCACGCGGUGGUAAACGAGAUGUACGGCAACUUCCCUUCGAGGAGAGUACUUUCAGAGACAUAUGCAAAAGGUUUUAUGUGCACCCAUCUAUUGCACGCGUCAUCAACAGAGCAGAUACGUCAGUCUUCAGUAGGUCUAUGGUGAACAUGGCAACAGAAAAUUCGGAAUCUUCAGGUCAUCCUGCUAUAGUAUACCAUUGCCGAUCCUCGAAUGUUUGGGCAGAUGAUAUGGCUCUGACUGCAACAUACUUCCCUGAAAGCAAAUUGACAUUUGCAAUAGUUUUUGGUUGCAACGCAGAUGCUGAAAUGAAAAUCCUCAAUAGACUGAGCCGAGCAAAAGGUCACGUAGCUUUCCCCCUUUUACUCCCGGGAAUAUUUGCAGAGAUAGAAAGGGAUCGCAUGGUCAGAAUCGUCGAAAAGACCAUAGAUGAAAUUGAGGAAGCCAUUUUCGAAAUAGGCUCUAGAGAUACUGCUAUUACUGGGACUCCGGAUCACGAGGUUGCUACCGGUACGAGGCAGAACAGAAAGACAGCAUGGUUGAACACUACCUUCUUGCGUAACAGUCUUAGGAUGUGGAAUAAACAGCUUAGGAAAAUGUCGGAGCACGUUGGGGAGCUUUCCACAAUGCACAAAGAAUUGUGCACGCAGAACCGUUAUCUCGGUCCUAAGCCUAUAGAGCAAGAGGGAAAACACAAUGAAGUGAUGGAGAGAACAGGAAGAAUGAUUUAUGAUCGUCUUCACAAUCUAAUGGAGGAAUAUGAAGACAGAAUUCAUGAAUGUACAAUGUCUGUGGAAGGAAUGACAAUUGCAACACAAUGGGCACAAGGUGAUACCAACGUAGAUAUUGCAACGGCUACUGGGCAAGAUUCGCGGCAAAUGCGAUCCAUUGCUUUGGUUACAAUGGUUUUUCUUCCGGGGACGUUUUUCGCUACCCUGUUCUCCAUGACCUUCUUUGACUGGUCACCUGGAGAAGAUAAAAAAUCACUCGUCUCAGGCUACAUAUGGAUAUACUUUCUCGUUACCGGAGUUUUCACUGCAACAACCCUGGUCAUUUGGUGGUACUUUCUUUCUAGCCGCCGCAAAAAGUUAACAUCUUUUCAUUGA